AUGUUUAAGAAAAAAGACACCAAGGACAGUACGCUCAAAACCUCGGCCAAGGUCAACAAGGGCCAGUCCAGCAACUUGACCUUGUUGAUCGCCCAGAUGCAAAAGAAUGCCGACACGGUGGAGAAAGAUGUCCUCCGGGCAGAAGAUCUGCUGGCUGUGGAUGCUGAGAAUGAAAAGAAGCAGCUGCCCUUCAAGCAUCAGAGUGAGAUCUCAGAGAAGCUGGGUGAGGCUGAGGACCUGCUGAAGGAACUCUUUCUGGACCUUGACAAAGCGAAGAAGCUCAAACACCCGCAAACCACAGAGAUAGAGGGCGAUGUCAUCCACCUCCACGAUCGCUGGCUGAAAGACUGUACCUUCUACAGAGACCUCUACGAGCAGAUUGAAGAUGUGUCGCUGAUGCCCAGAAUAGACUGGGGCCCUGUUUUGAGCAAGAAACAAAAACAAGUGAGCUCAGAGCAGUACGGCCCCACCAUGGCAGACCUGGAGAAGCAGAUUGCUGCUCACAACAUCCUGCACAAAGAAAUCGAGUCCUACAACUCACAGCUGUCCGUCAGCUCCGCUGGCAGCAAGGAGAAAUAUACUGAGCUAAAGAAACAGUACAACAAUCUGCUGGACAACUCCAAGUGGCGUCGCCAUUACCUGACCAGCUUGUAUGAAUACAUGCAGGGCUGCAAUAAGGAAAUGACCUUUCUGAAGGAAGAAGAGCAAAAGAUCAAGAAGCAGGACUGGAGUGAUCGCAUGGUGGACCCACCUGAUGUCCGCAGGCAGUAUGAGAACUUCAAGAACAACAGUCUGCUGUCCCACGAGAGUGAGGUUAACAAAAUCCAGGAUGAAGGCGACAGACUUAUUGAACUGAAGCACCCUGCCAGUGCCACAAUAGAGGCUCAGAAAGAUGAUGUCCGAAAUGAGUGGCAGAAAUUCCUCAAUCUCUGCAUUUGUCAAGAGACACACUUGGACAAUGUGGAGGAAUACAAAAAGUACCAAAUGGACGCUGAGCAUCUGUCAGAGAUGUUGACCAAACUCAACAACAGCCUGGACCCCAAGUCCAUCAGCAAGAAGAGCAACCCAGAGGUUUUGCUGCAACUUGAGGGGGAGGAGAUGGCUGUGCAGAACAGUGAACAGCUGCUGGCCGACCUGAGGAGACGCAGCACCACCAUUGCUCCUCUCAAGCUACGACGCAACAACCCCAACAGACCCAUCACUGUGGAGUCUUUGUGUGACUGGGAGACAAACAACGCCUCUCUGUCAAGAGGGGAGAAGUUCACCCUGAGAUCAAACUCAGACCCUGAGAACUGGCAGGUUACCUCCAAUGAUGGGGCAACAGCAACCUUCCCAGGUGUUUGUUUUCAGAUCCCACCACCUGACCCAGAGGCUAUUGACCAAGUGGAUCUACUGGGCGGUGAACUGGCAGACAUCAAGAAAAAAAGAGCUUCUCUGGCAGCAUCUGUGAAGAAUAAUAAAUCAGAAGUUGCCAGGCCCCAGCAAUCAGCUCCAGUGUCUUCUGCCGCACUUGACCCUAAAGCAGCAGCCAUGGCUCAGCAACUGGACCAGCUGGACAAGGACCUGGCCAGCGCUGAGGAGAAAACAUUGAACCGCCUGCGAACCCCAUUGAACCGCAGUGACCCAGCUGGAGAUCUAGCCAACAGGCUGAGGGAACAGGAGCAAGCUGCCAAGGCCCUAAAGGCUUUGGAGCAGCAGAGGCAGGCAGCACAGGCCAAUAUGCAGCCCUUGCUAUCUAAAGAUCCCAGUGGUGCCUCCUCUGCAUUGCCACUCCAACUGAGAGCUGCCAACAACAAGUAUGACAGCAUAGCUGCACUUGCUGACCUCUAUACCGCAAAAGCAAACGCUUCUCUCAACCUGGAAAGGCAGAUUAAGAAGGUGGAUGGCCUUGUAUCUGGAUUUGAGAAGAAGCUGAGUGAAGAUGGUCCAAUUCCUGAUGAGCCAAAUGCAAUUCAAGCCCAUACUAAUGACAUUCAGCGCCAACGAAAGGCUGUGGCAGCGGCUCAGGAUGACAUGAAGAAGCUGAGUAAGGAUCUGGAGACCACGGAGCAGCUUUGCAGCCAUCUGCAGCAGGGAUACCAGGAGUACUGCCCAGACAUCAAUCGCCAGAGAAAAGACGUGAAGCAGCUGCACGCCCGCUACACAAACGUGGUCAACCAGCUGCAAGGAAGAGACAAUAUCUUACAUGAAGCCAGCAACAAGCACCAGGAGUUCCAGAGCACGUGCAAAUCCCUGAACUCUUUCCUGGACAACCUGCCAACAAACCAGAUAAACUACAAUGAUGAUAUGUCUCAGGUCACUGCUAAACAAAGUUCCCAAGAGAUGGUGAUGGAUGACCUGAAGAGGAAGGGAAAUGACAUGGACAGAGUGGCUGAUCUGUCUCUAGACCUGCAGAAUCUAUUCAGUGAGUACGAUGCCAACGUUGAUAAAUACAACGGUACACUUGAGGAUGCUGGCGCCACUGUUGCAAAGAAAUCUCGAAUGCCCACACUUUCUGAUGCUGUUCAGAAAGAGGAAAAGAAUCUGGUGAACCGUUUCGCUAAGGCAACAGCUGAAAACACCCAACGCCAAAAACAGCUGGGAUUAGCUAAGAAUCUUAUUUCGCAAAAUGAAGACAAAGUUCAAAUGGUGACACAGCAACAAAUUAACCUUCAAAGUCAGCCAAAGAGUAAUUUUGACCUAGAUGUUCUUAUAAAAGAGCUACAGGAAGAGAAGGAGAGGACAGCUCAUGCUGAGACAAACCUGAGAACCUUUAAAGACAGAUAUGUGUCACUGAAGAAUCGCAGAGGAGUGGAGCGUCUUGAGGAGAAAGAAGUACUACAGUACUACCGGGACCCAAAGCUGGAAAGUGAUUUGACUAGCCUGCGCAAUGCAGUCCAUGAAGAGACCCUGAGGCGUAGUUCUACCCAUACUGAGAUUGAGGUGUUUAAUAAGAAACUGACCAUCCUAGAGGAGACCAUCAAAAAUGCUCCACCCAAACUGUUGACCAGAGAGGUGACAGAGUUUGAGAAAGAUCCUCAGCUAGAUGUAGAGGCCGCUAAGUUGAGAGACGAAAUAGCAAGGUUGAGAGAGGAAAUUAGAGUGAGAGAUGGGGAGCACAUUCAGAUGAAGACAGAAGUCACUAUUCUGCAGCAGAAGAGACCACCCAUCAAAGAGAGGGUGGUUAAGAAGGAGGUGUUGAAAGUGGAGAAGGACCCAGAGAUGCUGAAAGCAGUGCAAACAUUUCAGUUGAAAAUUGCAGAGGAGAGCGACAAGAGCAAGCUCCUCAAUGAUGAUAUCUUCCAGACAAGGAGUCAGAUUAAUGCACUUGAGAGACUGCUUCCUAAUAUCCAGCCUAAAAUAAUCACUAAGGAAGUGAAAAAGAUUGAACAAGACCCUGAACUUAUCAAUGAAUCUAAGAGGCUUCGAACAAGUUUGGAGGAAGAGCGAACUGAAAAUGACAAUUUGAACAAAGAGGUGAUGACUCUCCACAGCCGCUACCGGGAAGUUCAAGACUGGAAACAAAAAGUUGAGGUGAAGGAAAUUGUUAAUGAGCUCUUUCGGAUAGACCCGAACACAGAAGUGGAGAUAAUGCGACUUAGGAAAGACAUACAAGAGACCAGCAAGCAGCGCUCUGAUGUAGACAGGGAGCUCAUCCAGGUCAAGUCUGAUCUGAAUAUCCUUCGUUCUCAGAAGCCCAAGGUGGAGAUGAAGGAAGUUCUCCAAGAGGUGGUUAAAGAGGAGAGAAGCCCUGAAAAUGAGAGAGAGAUUCAGAGGCUAAACGAUCAGUUAAACCAUUUACACACCACUUACCUCUCCCUAGAAGACCAGGUGAGACUUCUCAGGAAAGACAGAGAUGAAUGGAAGGCUGAAAAGUCCAAGGUAGAGACCAAACUUGUCACCAAAGAGGUCAUCAAGUAUGAACCCGACCCACUGUUGGAGAAAGAAGUUGAACGCUUGAGAAGAGUUGUGCGGGAGGAGGCACAGCUGCGGCGCAGCACUGAAGAAAUGAUCUUUGACCUGCAAAACACAUACAUCCUUUUGGAGAGACAGAAACCUGAGGAGAAAGUAGUUGUGCAGGAAGUUCUGCGUUUACAGAUGGACCCAAGGCAGGUAGUUGAGCAUGAGCGGCUCAGCAGGGCCCUAGAUGAUGAAGUAACGUUGCGGCGACAGUUAGAACUAGAGUUGCAGCAGCUAAGAACAAAGUUGGAAGAGAAACAGAGGAUCCUCCGAGAGAGUGAUGAGCGCCAGCGUAGAAUUCAAGUUGAGUCUGAACUCAGAGACAUUCGACUGCGCAUCACACAGCUGGAAAAUGCACCGCCUCCUGUUGAAGAGAGUAUUAUUGUUGAGGAGGUACUAAAGGUUGAGAGAGACCCAAAACUGGAGAGGAUGACAUUUGGUCUUCGGUCAGACAUGGACAAGGAAACCAACGAUAUCCUGCGUAUUCAGAGAGACAUCCGUAACAUCACUCUAAAGCUUGAGAUCCUGCAGAGGGAGAAGUCUGGGGAGAAGACAGUGUACAAAGAGAUUGUCCGUGUUGAGAGAGACCAGGCUGUUGAAUCUGAGCGGGAUCGCCUGAGGGAACAGGUGUCUCAGCAUAAAUAUGAUAGACGCGACCUGGAGGAACAAAUCAAAUUUGCCAAUGAUAAAAUAAACCUGCUGAUGAGCAACAAGUCCAGUUCUUCUAGAGAGGAGACUACCCUGAUUAUGAACAGAGAUGCCCUACAGAGGGAGAAGGACAACCUCACUCGGGAGCUCAGGAAACUUGAGGGCCAGAGACAUGACAUCAGCCUUUCUUACCAGCAGCACAAUCGACUAGUAACUGAGAGAACACAGAUGAACAAGCACAGGAGCAUUCAGAUGGGGUCUGAUGUCUACCGCCUAGAAAGGGAGAUCCUGGAUGAGAAAGACAAGAUCCAUCUGAGAGACAGUACGAUCCGAGAGCUUCUGCUGAAUGUACAGAGAGAAGAACACGCAGAGACAAGGACCAAAGAGACUAACGUCUCCACCAAAAUCACUAUUUUGGAUCCAGAAACAGGCAAAGACAUGUCUCCUUAUGAUGCCUACCUGCAGGGCCUAAUUGAUCGUCAACAGUACCUUCAUUUGGAAGAGCUGGAGUGUGACUGGGAGGAGAUUACUUCCCUGGGACCUGAUGGGGAGACAUCUGUACUGCAGGAUCGCAAGAGUGGCAAGCAGUACUCCAUCAAAAAUGCCCUGAAGGAAGGCAGACUGACAGACUAUGAUGUCCAACAGUACAAAAAAGGCAAGCUCCCCAUCUCAGAGUUUGCCUUGAUGGUUGCAGGUGAAAAUAAGAAGCAGCCCAAGCUCAACUCAAUCAUCCCAAAGUCCUCCACAACAGUGAACUCAGCACCCCCAUAUUCCUCCAAAGCUAAUGAAAUCUACCCAGUUUCUGGAGUAAUGGAUACAAAUACUGAUACCUGCUAUACAGUACGUGCUGCUACCCAGCGUAAACUGAUUGACCCUACCACUGCCCAAAGGCUUCUGGAGGCUCAGGCAGCAACAGGCGGCAUCAUUGACAUCAACAACCAAGAGAGAUACACAGUUCACAAGGCAGCAGCCAGAGGCCUCAUUGAGGACAGUCAACUCCAAAGGAUGCUCAAUGCCCAGAAGGCUUUCACUGGCAUUGAAGACCCCACAACCCGAGAUCUUUUGUCUGUAGGACAGGCUGUUCAGAACGGCUGGAUGCCAAAGAACACUGCCCUUCCCUACAUGGAGGCACAACACCUGACAGGAGGGCUGGUCGAUCCCAACAGUGGCCGCAGAGUAAGCAUCAUCGAUGCCUUAGGGUCCAAAAUGAUUGACAGCACAAUGAUGAGGGAGCUGCAGUCUGAGUCAGCAUACAUCAAGGAUAUUGUAGACCCAAUUACAAAGGAGAAGAUCAACUACAAACAGGCUCUGGAUCGUUGUAAGAAAGACCCAGAGUCAGGCCUACCAAUGCUGCCUGCCUCCUCCUCUGAGUCUGGUUACAACAAAUAUGCAAGAUUCUAGAUAUUUUUUAUAACAUACCUGGAAUUUACUGAUGUGUGAUGUGGUAAAAUUGUGCUAUUAAAUAUGGGAAUCCAUAUGAAAUCUACUCAUUAAUUACAGUGUACAUUUUAACUCAGGAAAAUUAUUCUGUCUAGCCAAAAUGGAUGCUGCUGGGUUGCCUUUGUUUACCAAAUAAGGCUAAUAUGGGCAAAUGUUGUUUUUUUUUCUUUGCUUUUAUUUAAAUACACAGAAUAAAAUGCAGUUGAUCUUUGCUGUUAUCGUGUUAUUAGGGAUACUGGUACAUGGUGCAAUGCUGCUUAUCAAGAAUGAUUGAUUCUGUAUUA